AUGAGCUUGCGAGGGGGUGGCAAGCAAGCCGGCUGCACAGGUCCUACGGCCUCACGUCUCCUGGUUGCCCAACAGGAGGCAGGGGGCGGGCCGUGGCCACUGAUUAAAGGCAGCCUGGAGCAGCCUGUGUGGAGACAGGUGCCCAGCAGCUCAAGAAGCCAGCCAGCACCCGCCCCAGCCUCGCUGCGCUGUGACGCCGUCACCAUGUCUGAGGUACUUCGGGCCGAGACCUUUGUCUUCCUCGACCUGGAAGCCACUGGGCUCCCCAGCGAUGAGCCUGAGAUCGUUGAGCUGGCCCUGUUCGCUGUUCACCGGUCCUCCCUGGAGAACCCGGAGCGUGACGAGCGGGGCGCCCCUUUGCUACCCCGGAUCCUGGAUAAGCUCACGCUGUGCAUAAGUCCCAGGCGUCCCUUCACUGCCAAGGCCAGCGAGCUCACCGGGCUGAGCAGUGAAGGCCUGGUGCAGGCCCGGAAGCCUAGCUUCGACAGUGCUGUGGUGCGAACCCUGCAGGCCUUCCUGAGCCGCCAGGAGGGCCCCAUCUGCCUUGUGGCCCACAAUGGCUUUGAUUACGACUUCCCCCUGCUGUGCAUGGAGCUGCAACGCCUCGGAGCCCAGCUGCCCCAGGAUACCAUCUGCUUGGAUACACUGCCAGCGCUGCGGGGCCUAGACCGUGCUCACAGCCAUGGCACCCGCUCCCAGGGCCGCAAGGGCUACAGCCUGGGCGCCCUCUAUCACCGCUACUUUCAGGCAGAGCCCCGUGCAGCCCACUCAGCUGAGGGGGAUGUGCAUACCCUACUCAUGAUCUUCCUGCACCGUGCUGCCGAGCUGCUCACCUGGGCAGAUGAGCAGGCUCGCAGCUGGGUCCACGUCAAGCCCAUGUACAUGCCGCCUGACCCCCAGUUCUGAGGCCCUGCCCCGCCCCUACUCCCGCCCUGGGCUCCCCGGCCACAUGCCCCUAGAGCCCUGUGUGAGGCCCAGCCGGGCCCAGACGUGCUCCACUGCAGCUUGCUGUUGCGGGGCUUCUGCUCUCCGGUCCUUU